AUCCUGAAGUGUCUGGAAUUUCCAUUGAAACAGAUAACAAAAACGUAAAAGCAGAGGAGUUUAAGGAGGCUAUUCUUAGUUGCAAACACAAAUUUUCUAAAGGGAUGAGCUUAAGAAUAGAAUGGAAGAAAAUCCAGUCUCAAGGAGUCUCAUUUGUCUACUACAAUGGUGAAUUUACAGUUGCUCCAUCUACUCCAGUCUGUGAAGUACCCAGCUCUGCCAUGACGGGAACAGUAGUGCAACUGAGCUGUAAGGAGACUGAGGGGUCUCCUCCAUCUGAGUACCAGUGGUACAAGAAUGGUGUUGCCUUGCUGGAGAAAACAGGAACAGGCAGUGCUAGAGCAGCAAACGUGACUUACACCAUGAAUAAAAAGUCUGGCACUCUGCUAUUUAACACAGUUACAAAGAAUGACACUGGAGAGUAUUUCUGUGAAGCCUCCAAUGGGAUCGGAUUAUCUCAGAAAUGCUCAGUGAAACGAAUGCAAGUUGAUGACCUUAAUGUAAGCGCUAUCAUCAUUGCUGUAGUGUUUGUGGCUGUGGUAAUGUCACUGUGUGGCCUUGGAGUAUUCUAUGCCCAUAAAAAGGGCUACUUUGCAAAGGAAAGCUCUUCCCAAAAAAUGGUGAACUAUCAGUCUACAAGUGAAAAGGAUUUCAAGCAUACCAAGUCCUUUGUUAUUUAG